AGGAGCGCUUUCCCCAGCUCUACUCUCCUCAUCUCCUGCCAGGAAGCACAAGGGAAAUGGAGAGAUGAGAAUGCACAGGGGGGACCCUUCACAUUGACCGCACCCCACCUCUCUGCCUGCACCUGCGGACAAACUCCACACAAACCAUGAGGAAGAGCCUCUUCACCCUCCUUCCUAGCAUUGCUUUGUCUUUGAUUUAAAUCUUUACCCACUUCCACAAGGGGCCAUGGAGCUGCAAUAUCUCUCCAAACUCCACCCCACAGUGGAUUACGGAGCAGGAGUGUUUCUUCUGAUCAUAGGGAUCCUGACGAUUCUGGGGAAUUCAGCAGUCCUUGCUACUGCAGUGAAGCGCUCUUCCCAUCUCAAGUCACCCGAGCUGCUUAUAAUAAAUUUAGCCGUAACGGAUCUUGGAAUGGCCAUCAGCAUGUACCCGCUGGCCAUUGCCUCAGCAUGGAACCAUGCCUGGCUGGGCGGAGAUGCGUCCUGUAUAUAUUAUGCCCUGAUGGGUUUCCUCUUCGGCAUCUCCAGCAUGAUGACCUUGUGUAUGAUGGCUGUGAUCCGGUUCCUUGUAACCAACCCAUCCACAUCUAAUAGCAAUACAAUCAACAAGACCGCCGUUCGCAUUUCAAUUGCGUUCAUCUGGCUGUGCUCGCUGCUCUGGGCCAUUCUGCCUUUGCUGGGUUGGGGUUAUUAUGGCCCCGAACCGUUCGGCAUCUCCUGCACGAUAGCGUGGAGCGAAUUCCACAACUCCGCCAACGGCUUCUCGUUCAUCCUGAGCGUGUUCAUCCUGUGCACACUCCUGCCUGCGCUGACCAUCCUCAUCUGUUACUUGGGCAUAGCGUGGAAGGUUCACAAAGCAUAUCAGGAGAUACAGAAUUCUGACAGGAUCCCUAAUGCGGCUAAGCUGGAAAGGAGGCUGACACUGAUGGCCGUGCUUGUCAGCAUCGGAUUCCUCGGCGCCUGGACGCCCUACGCAGCCGUCAGCUUCUGGUCAAUCUUUAACUCCAGCAAUUCUCUACAUCCUGUCAUUACGCUACUGCCGUGUCUGUUCGCCAAGUCUUCAACAGCUUAUAACCCUUUCAUUUACUACGUCUUCAGCAAAACUUUCCGGCGUGAAAUUAAGCAAAUGAAGUGUUGCUGUGGCUCGCGAGCUCACUUCUUUAACACAGAGAACUCGAUCCAAAACCACGUGUCGAUGAUGUGGAUGGGUAGAGAAAACAUACGUGCUUGUCCAACUGCAAAGGCGAACUACGGGGAGGCCUCAAUCCAAUGAGCAGCAGAGCUGGCUUUACAAACAGAGCAGAAAAGCUUACUUCAUCCUGUAUUAUAGGGAAUCAGUCUGAGAGGGCCGUCAUGAUGUACUUUAUGAUAAAUUGCUGUUGUAAAUUGAGUGAAAUGUUGUAAAGAACCAUGAUUUUUUUUUAAAAGUUAAGCAGCAAGGAAAGAGGUGUUUUGAAGGACUUUCACUUUAUGAAAAUUAAAAUAUCGGUGGAUUCCCCUCCACCCUAAACCAAACAAAACCAGCUUUAGCUUAACUACUGUGGAGGAAUAAGUACGAUGCUUGAAAGAGAAUUUACUGAUUUUUAUUUUUUUCCCUAUGCUUCUGACUUUAUGCUGGAAUCUCAUGACUGUGCCUCAAGAGAAAACAACUGAUAAUACUGGAAGUUGAACCUCCCAUCCCAAAUUAGAUGCCUUUAAACAAAGAAGGACAAUAUGCCACUUCCCCAGCAAUAAAAAAGGACAAACAUAGCGGAAUCAAGAACACGCACCAGCUGGAAGAGACAGAGCUACGGGAUGCAGCAACCACUUGCAAAAUGGCCAUUUUAGGGCUACAGUUGUUUGCCUCUGCCAAAUUUAAAGGGCCAGCCGCCAAAAAGGCAUGUUAGGGCAAGGAUUCUAUAAGAGGGCGGGUCUAUGCUGAGGCAGCUCAGUAGGACUGAGGCAGUCUUAGAGAAAGGGUCUGCUGCUGCAGAACACAAAAAGUUGUAUGCAACGAAAUCAUCUUUUAGAAUAAGGAAGCACACAGUGUAUUAUUUGUCAAAGAAUGACAAUUCCUUUGACACCAGUGCCUGUGUUGCUCCUCCCAGAGUGGAACUGAGUGGUGGGUAGAAGGAACACAGCUUUGACAGUGUAAUGACUUAAUUUUGAGUUGAAGUCCUGUGAUACCCAGCAGGGGGUGCAAGGGGGAAGGGAGAGUAGACAUAGCAGGCCUGAUUCUCUGCUUAUUCUAGUGUAAACGGGGAAUUACUUCAUUGAAUUCAAUGGUACUAUUAGAGGAGUCUCGGGCCCCUGUGCGUCAAGAGGAGAAAGGACAAAGGCUAGAUGUAGCCCUGUGAAUGGGAAGCAAAUCCCAAGUCUCUUCAGUCUGCAAAGUUGAGGGUUGGCAAAGAAUGGGUGUGUCUGAGGAGACAUGGGUUUAAACCCCCUCCUCCCCCUUCGCUCUUUGCUUCACUCCUGCUACUAAAGAGAAGUAACGUGGGCUCAGAUGCUUUCUAGGAAAUAAUCAGUAGAAAUUAGGAGCCUAAAUACCUUUUAAGGAUCCAGGCCCAGGUGUCCAUGGGUCAUAUUCAAAUUACUGCAGAACCCCACUCCCUGGUGCUCCCUCCUGUCUUGCCCAUCACUUUUUGUCACAGUCUUUUACACAUGAAACUCAGUGGAGCUUGUUGGGAAUUUAUUGAAGAAACACUGGUGGAAAAUGCUGAUUUUUGGUGGAAAAUCGUGGGAAAGGGUCAGUUUUGACAAAUUUCCUGGUUCAAAAAAAAAAAAAAAUUUGA